AUGUCUCUUCUUAUUAAGCCCAUUAUCGAGGACCCAGAAACCGACUUUGCACCUUUUAAGAUCGACGACUUUAGCCUUUUGCCGAGAAAAGUGAAAAAGCGAUAUUACAUCAUCGAGGACCCGACUAUAUAUAUUAAUCACACUACAAUUGGUGUUCGCAUAGAAGAAUCUGCCGUCUGCGAGGAAGAGAAAUGGCAAACGAAGGCUAUGAAGUACCCGACAACGCCAAUGAACAUUGCCCAGGACCUCAGUCUGAAUCGGCUGGAAAAUCAGAUGCUUGUGAAGGAUGCCCUAAUCAGGAGGCUUGUGCUACUGCUCCGAAAGGACCCGACCCAGUAUGAGACCUAGUCUCCAUAGUUGAAAGAAUGGCAACAGUGAAGCACAAAAUACUGGUUUUGUCCGGCAAAGGUGGUGUUGGGAAGAGUACAUUCUCAGCCCAGCUCGCGUUUGCCCUAGCAUCCAUGGAUUUCCAGGUGGGUCUCCUCGAUAUCGAUAUAUGCGGUCCAAGCAUCCCAAAAAUGCUGGGACUCGAAGGACAAGAGAUACACCAGAGCAACCUUGGGUGGUCCCCUGUUUAUGUGGAGUCGAACCUUGGGGUGAUGUCAAUUGGGUUCAUGCUCCCCCACCCUGACGAGGCUGUCAUAUGGCGAGGACCCCGGAAGAACGGAAUCAUAAAGCAAUUCCUCAAGGACGUAUAUUGGGGAGAACUCGACUUUCUUGUAGUUGAUGCUCCACCUGGCACCUCUGACGAGCAUAUUUCGAUUGUUCAAUUCCUCCAGGCGACUGGAAUAGAUGGUGCACUCAUAGUCACCACUCCACAGCAGGUGUCUCUUAUAGAUGUCCGAAAGGAAGUGAGUUUCUGCAAAAAGGUUGGGCUACCAGUUUUGGGGGUGGUUGAGAAUAUGAGCGGCUUGUGCCAGCCCUUGUCAGAGUUGAGAUUCGUGAGUGUUGAAGAGACGGGGGAGCAGAAUGACAUGACCGAGUGGGUGCUCGAGUGCAUAAGAGAGAAAGCUCCGGGUAUGGUGGCAUUUAGUGAAGUUUUUGAUAGCAGUUCGGGUGGUGGUGCUAAAAUGUGCGGGGACAUGGGAGUCCCUUUCCUAGGGAAGGUGCCGUUGGACCCACAGCUGUGUAAGGCUGCCGAAGAAGGAAGGUCUUGCUUUGAUGAUAGUAAAUGCCGGGUGAGUGCACCCGCGUUAAAAGCGAUUAUUGAUAAGUUGUUGUCGCAACUUGGUGUAUCGAGAGUUGAGGUUGGGCCUUAAGUUUGAUGCUGUGACACAAGUUAAGCUUUAAGUUUCUUGGUAUACAUACUUCAACAGUUUGGGCUUGUUUGGAGGAUUGUAAUUUAAAACUUUCGUUUGUGUUGAACUCGUUAAACUCAUUAAAUAAAAGUUUCUUCUGUUUACAUUAGACAGUUUUCAGUGCAUGUUUUAUUUAAUUAAAGUUCACGUUGAGUUAGACUACUAGUUUUUAUAACCAUAGUCAAAUGUAAGUGAUCAUCUGUAG